AUGGGCGUAAUUGGCUCAAUAAAGGUAGUCACAGGCGCAGAGCGUCGUACGAGGCCUACUCUCACGCAGCCAGGCAAUCGCGAGUGGGUUACAGUCAUCCAGAGCAUCUGCGCUGCGGGAUACGCUACCCCGCCAUUCAUUAUCUACAAGGGACGCAAGCUUUCAGUAUCAGAGAACGGCUGGACGAACAAUGAGCUUGGUCUCGCGUGGUUAAAGCACUUUGACGAGCAUACAAAGACGCGUCAGAGCUCUACUGUGGGUGGGCAUCGACUACUUAUUAUUGACGGCCAUGAGAGCCACUGCUCCAUCGAUUUUCAAGAUCUUUGCAAGGAGAAGAAUAUCAUUCUUCUCUGCAUGCCUCCACACUCGUCUCACCUGUUGCAGCCCCUUGACGUCGCCUGCUUCUCGCCAUUAAAGCGCAAGUAUGGCGACGCUGUUUCAGGCUUGGCACGCAACCGCACCCACUAUAUC